AUGUAUGUCUUCCUUGGUCUUCCUGUCUGUUCUUCAAUGUUUUGAAAGGGUAUUUUGAAAUGUGGAUUUAGUACGUUUUGAAUGAAAAAGUGAAGUACGAAAAAUUUUGAUGAAAAAUGAAACAACGAAUUGAAGCGAUUAUUGAAGACGUAAUUGUGGAGCCAGAUAAAAUUCAACCGAUCAUAGUUAACUUCCAAAAUGGAGAGCUCAAAGACGAAGAGGCCAAAAAGAUGUCAUGCAAUCUGUUCUACGACCAGCAGAAAAAUAAGACAAUGUUGGCUCUGUCAAAUGGGCAGAUUGUUUACAGAGGUUACAGACCCGACACGAGCCAAGACCUCAUGCGUACUAUGCUCGUUUUUCACAACAGAAAAACGGGAAAAGUUAGAUUAGUUCAAGCGGAACGAUGGCAGGUAGCACCAAUACUAGAUAAGCCAACAGAGGAGAAUAAUAAAAUCACAACUGAUGAAAGGAUUGCUAUAUUGAACAAACAGUUUGGUUCGAAGAGGGUAAAGCGUAGAACGGAACAGUUUGAGAAAAUGAAAGUGAAUGUGGACUCCAUUAAGGAACAGUUAGAACAAACAGUAUCAAAUGUCGAAAUUGAUAGAAUGGAUUUAUCAACACAGUUACCAGACAAUGAUUACAUUACAAAUACUGCUUUACCAGAAUGUAACAGAGAUGCUACUAAUGUUAAAGAUGUUUACAAUGUAUACGAUAUUAUACCACAGAAUAUGUUAGAAACCCUUUAUGACAAAGCGACAGAAAUUUUAAACAAGGAUUCAAGUAGUUUAGAAGGAAAAACGAAGUUCUUCAGUAGGACACUAAAAUUUAUAAAGACAGACCCAGACAAUGUUAAAAAGACAGCAUUAUUGCAUUAUAUGCAGGCAGUUGCCACAUGGUUAAAUAUGCCAAUAAAAGAUGCUAAGAAACGGGGUAUUGAAGUUUGUCCAACCUCCCAAGAGGUGAAUUCGUAUAUAAUAGAAACAUAUAGUGUACAGAGUUCUCAUGGAAGGAUGAGACCAAACAGUGUCAAAGACAAAGGAGUGAUACACUGCAUGAUUUUGGCUCUAGUAAUCUGUAACUUUACGUUAGAUGUAGAAAUAUUUUCAACAAUAUUUAAUCAUAGGAUGGGUCUGAAGAAAUUAAAGAGUCUUGCUAGAGUCAUCGGUGCUUUAUCAGGGAAAGAUGACAAGAACAUUGUUACUUUAAAAGUUCCAUUACCACCAGCGGCACCUCUUAUAAAAAAGGGCAAGAAGAAAUAG